GAAAUUUUCGCAAGUAAAAAAGGCCAACCCAAUGGUUAUCAUUUUAUUUAAUUCAGUUAAAUAAAGCAAGUAAAAUGGAAGCUUAAAAUUGACAAGACUUGUAAACGAAACGGCACGAUAAGUAAAGAGCAUAAAUUAAUGUGCCAAAAACGUGGAUUUUAGGAAGAAAACGGCAAAUAAAGUGAAAAGAAAAGUGUAGACGACCACAACAACAGAAAAACAUGUGGAUCUGACUUGUCUGAGUUGACCAACCAAACGAACGAUAAAAAUAAAUUUUUUUACUUGCAAAAGAAAGUAAAUAAGAAAGCUGAGAAAGAACGAAAUUAAGUGAAUUUGUUUGUUAAAGAAUAGCUGAAUCAUGUUGAGCUCAAACGCAAAACACUUACUUCAUUGCCUUCUAUUCUUCAUCAUCAUGGUGGCGUUUUGUUCCGAAGCGUUUAAAUAUACCGACGAGAAUUACGUUUCAAUCGAUCCAUGGGCUGAAUAUGGAACAUUUUUCACAAUCUUUCUCUACGCACUUCGUUAUUUGGCAGCCUUUUCAAUGCCUCAAAUGAUGGCAAACUUUUUAGGACUCAUCGUCUUCAAUGCCUUUCCUGAUAAAGUCGUGUUAAAAGGAAGUCCAUUGCUUGCGCCUUUUAUUUGUAUUCGUGUCGUUACCAGAGGCGAUUACCCUGAACUUGUGAAGAAAAACGUCAUGAGAAAUAUGAAUACAUGUCUUGACACGGGACUUGAAAACUUUCUCAUCGAAGUGGCAACUGAUAAGCCAAUUAACAUCCCAAAACAUCGGAGAAUUCGUGAAGUUGUCGUUCCGAGAGAAUAUAAAACAAAAUCUGGUGCUUUAUUCAAAGCGAGAGCACUUCAAUAUUGCUUAGAAGACAAUGUCAAUGUUUUAAAUCCAAACGAUUGGAUUGUUCAUCUCGAUGAAGAAACAAUUCUCACCGAGAACAGCGUACGUGGCAUUACCAACUUUGUUCUUGAUGGAAAAUAUCCAUUUGGUCAAGGUCUCAUCACAUAUGCUAAUGAAAAUGUUGUCAAUUGGAUGACGACACUUGCUGAUAGUUUUCGUGUAACAGAUGACAUGGGAAAGUUGAGAUUUAUCUUCAAAGUAUUUCACAAGCCACUUUUAAGUUGGAAAGGAAGUUUUGUCGUGACACAGCUUCAUGCAGAACGUGAUGUGUCGUUUGACAAUGGACCAGAUGGCUCUGUUGCUGAAGAUUGUUUCUUUGCGAUGAAAGCUUUUAGUUUGGGAUAUUCCUUUGAUUGGAUUGAAGGUGAAAUGUAUGAGAAGUCACCGUUUACUCUUCUUGACUUCCUGCAACAAAGGAAACGUUGGCUUCAAGGCAUCUUGCUUGUGGUUCAUUCAAAGCUCAUUCCAUUCAAAUAUAAGAUAUUUCUUACGAUCAGCGUUUAUUCAUGGUGCACAAUGUUCUUGUCAUCGUUAAACAUCAUUUUCGCUGUGAUUUUUCCACUGCCAUGUCCAUUCUUCAUUGACUUUAUUUGCACCUUUCUUGGUGGUCUCGCGAUUUACAUGUACAUCUUUGGAGUGCUGAAAUCAUUUUCACUUUAUCGUUUUGGAAUAUUGAAGUCAAUGAUUUGUAUCAUUGGCGCAGUUUGUACGUUUCCAAUCAAUCUAAUCAUCGAGAAUGCAGCGGUUUUGUGGGGAGUAUUCACAAACAAACACAAAUUUUAUGUGGUACAAAAGGAAGUCAGCUUAGAAGCACGUCCGUUAAUAACUGUUUAAUUUUCUUUUUCUUAUAAGACUACAAUUGGUAAGUGAAUUCAUGAAUUUCACAAAAAAAACAAAUCUUCAUCAUCUCAUAAGAAAAAAAUCUUCAUUUUCAUUCACUUCGUUUAAUGUUUUCUUAAACUUUCUUACAUGAUGAAAAUAAAUACAAAAAUAUGUGUGAAAGAAUUACGAAAGCAAUAACACAAUCGCUUGCUACAUCUUAAAUUAAUGUUUAUAUAAUUAAAAAUAUAAAAAAUGUGAUAUGUAAAUGAAGAGAAAAGGAUUCAAGUUGAUGACUUUUUCCCCCAUCAACCCAAUGCUUUGUUGUUUGGAAUGAAAAUGAAGAUGAAAGUUGAAUGUUAGUACAGAAAAUGCUUUUGUAGUUGAACUUUGAUGUUAAGUAAUCGCUGACAGAUGAAAUCAAAUUUAUUGUUAAAGUGAAAUAAUAGAAAAACAAAAUAAAUUCUUAAAUAUUCGGGAAAUGCAUCAAAACUUGAUAAUUCCGAUCCACUUAAAACUGAACCACAAAUUUACUUAUUUUCCGUACAUUUACCUGACAAAACUUCCCGGUUUUGAAAGUAAACAUUUCAAAAGAACAAACGAACAUCUUUUAAAGUUUCUUUGAGGCUUUAGCUGCAUAAACUAGUCCCAUAACAUCAAUAUUUGUAAGUUUCGAGAUGCAGAGUUGAAAUGGAAUUUGAUUUAUUAAUAUUUUAUAUCUAAGAAAAACAACAUUCAAUACUUAAUUCCGUGCACUCUCUUCUCGAAGUUAUUUAGUAACAAUGUAAUAUGUAAUUGUCUAUGAUACUUUUAAGUUAAUGUUAAUUUUAUAUUAAGUGGCUUUAUGAUGAAAAAGGAAGUAUAUAAAUAAGUAAAAGUUAUGUUAGACAUGUGUAAGGAGAACAUUGAUAUGAAAAUCUAUACACAAAAUGAAUAGUUUGUAAAAUAUUCAACAAACUUAUGCUACGCGAACAAGAAAAUAAGAAAAGUUUUCAUUAAAUUCAUAUUUUGUAGUUUAUAAUGACCUCAAAUAAAAGCCGAGACUCUUGAAUGGAAAAUAAAGGAAUAUUUACGAAAGAAAUUA